AUCAAAUUUUCGUGCGCAACGGUCGUUCCGCGCCGACACAGACACGACCUGCAACUAGCUGAUUUCAAAACGUAGAAGAUUCGAUAGAGUCUGUCUUUGCCUGUAUUUCGGGUUGCCUUCACUCAGUUACACCUCACCACGACGCACCAUGGCGCCCACCGAAGAGAUUGACGUGGAGAAGAUUCUCGGCCCCCCGACGACGGGGUCGGCGUCUUCAUCGUCCGGGUUGCCUAUAGCGCCGCGCUUCAACAAGGAAGAUCUGGAGCAGAUGAAUCCUGCAGAUAUGACUAGAAUAAAACUCUUGAGCCAAGGCACUUGUAUUUUUGAUAACAAAACAACGGCGUUAUGAAUCGCAAUCGCUACACUGCACAAUUCACGCUCCUGCGCCCUAAAAAGAUAUAACACUCGUGAAGGUGCGACCACGAGAGGUGAAAAAAUAAAUGAAUCUGCAUUUACCGUUCAAGAUUUUUUUCUGGUGAUACAGUAGAUUGACCGAGCGUACCAGAACUUUCUGCACGAUGUGGACGAUGUCUCGCAAAAGGUCAAGGACAUCGUGUCCGGGAAAAUCACCGACUUUGACGCCUUCGACCAGCAAGAGGCGGCGAAAACCGCCGAGACGGAAAAGCAGAAGGAGUUUGAGAAGAAAGUGCGCGAGCUCCGCAUUGCGGAGCAGAUCCGGAAGAGCGAGGAGAAACUGCUUUACGGCCGUGACGGCAAGGGUCAGGCGGACGACUACCUGCUUUUUUGCAAGUUCUGCUUCACCGAGUACCUGACCGACCGCUUGGAGAACUGCACGCGCUGCAAGAAGGGGCCGCUCAUGACCAAGGAGGCGCGCCACAAGGAGCUGUACGCCAAACUGGACGACUACAAGGAGGAAAAGGCGAAGCACCAAGUGCGGAAGGAUAAGUGGGUGCGGUGGAAGAAGUCCCAAAGUCUGCUGGGCAAAAGCAAGGUGAUCAACUACAAGGCGUGGGAGUACUGGGAACCGGAUUCGGACGGGGAGGACGAAGAAAACAUGGAGCCCGUUUUACCCAAAGGUGAGCUUCUUUGAUAGAGGACAAAAAUAGUACUGAAUUCAUCAUGCUCGUCCAGUUAUAACUACGUGAUGUUUUAUUGCGCCGUUGUUACAACCGGAUAUGACAUAGAGGGACCUGCUGCAGCCGGUUGUAGAUGAUGCACCCAUGAUGUCUGUAGUUGAAAUUAUACCCUAUUCAAAUCGAACACAAUGCUGUACUCGCAGACGAUCCGCAGUUCAAAGCGCUGGACGCUGACAUGAAGAAGCGCAACAAGGAGCGGCAGGAACGGCACCUGCAGGCGACGCGGUGCAAGGAUGAGGGGAACGCGCUGCUGCAGAAGGGGGACUUCGUGAGGGCCAUCGACACGUACCAGCAGGGUCUGGAGUACCAGAAGGAUCUGAAGCCCUUGUGGACGCUAUCCUGCCUAAAAACGCACAACACCUCAGACUUGUCGCGCAUACAUACUAGGGACUGAAUUUGCUUGUCCCAGCACACCUGUCACUUGUCUGGCGCUUGUACAGCAGCUCGCCCUGGCUACAAUGACCUGGUCUUCUCAGUUCUAUUUUUUGGAUUUUGCAUUUACUACAUAUCUGCCUUGUCGAAAGUUUUUUUGCUCUAAAAAUCACAUAGUGGAAGCGGAAGGGGAUCUUUGAAUGCUGCUGCAAUCAAUUUUGCACGCGACUGCAACGCUGCAUGUCCCAAGUGGUCGCACCCGCGCAGUUUGUUUCUCAAGUAGAGUGUCCAUGUUUGUCAUCAUGCGCAGUUAGCAAUGAAGCUGCUGGAUUUUUUGUCUAGUGGAGGUGCUUGCGUCGUGCGUAUGGGGUGGGUACGUACGGCUUUGCGCAGGAUAGACGAACAAGGCGUUGGCAGAGGUGAAGGCGUACCGGUACCAGGAUGCCGUGGACAGCAGCAGCAAGCUGCUCGAGCUGUGCGAGAUCUUCGAAGACGGUUUCGAGAAGUCCAAGGACCUCUGCUUCAAGGCGUUUUCGCGGCGCGCGCUCGGGUACCGGGGGUUGCACGAGUGGCAAAAGGCCGUGGAGGACCUGGAGGAGGCACUGAAGCUAGACCCGAAGAAUGCGGAGGCGAAAGCCCUGCUGAAGAAGUCUAAGGAGGCGGCGGCGGAGGCCCGCUACUCUGCGGAAGUGCGAAACCGCCUCGCCGAGGAAAAGCAAAAGCAGCAGGCCUUCCUUGCAGCCUCGUUGCAGGAGGAUGUUUCAGAGGAAAAGAAAGACGCACCUCCCGCAAAUUGUGCCUCCUCCUCGACGAGAAAUUCGAAAUCUUCGUCGGCGACGACCGCGUCGGAAACGGAAGCGGCAAAGGCGCCCGCGUCUGGGGAAGGCGGAAAUGACUUUGCCAUGCGCAGGAUUGCAAUCGAAGCGGAUUCUUCCGACGAAGAGGACGAAGAAAUAAACGAGGAACAGAAAAACGAGACCCUGUUGCCGAAAGAAGAAGAUGAAAAUAAUGGUACCGGCAAGGUCACGGAAUUAUCCUCGACUGCAGCAACAAAUAACGGGUCCUCAUCUAGCUCGUCGUCGUCGUCGGCUAGAUCGAUCAGAUCCGCCUCCGCGACCGCUAUUUCCGAUUUAUCACAGCGCGAGUACCUGAAGCUGAUGGUACAGCUGGAAAAGGAGAAGGAAAAGCGAGUGUUGUUCUGCGCGCGGGCAAGCACGGAACAGAAGUCGCAGCUGGACCUGCUGCUCGCAGAGCUAGAAACGCUCUCUAACCGGUGGAAGACGCAAAGUGCGGACGCAAGCGCGACGAAGGAGAAAUACGCGCCCAAGCAGCAAAACACAGGGGACACAUCGUCGAAGCGCGCAGAUGAAAAAGCAAGCGAAACUACGCACACCGUGGCUAGCAUCAAGCGAAUCGUGGGCCUGCUGCUUCCUCUGUGCGGCGAGAGCGACUUCCACUGCGAACUUUGCGCACCAGCGGCACGGCACUUGUGGCCAGUCAUAUCGGUGGCCCCCUACGACAUCUUAAAGCUGAUGGAUCACAUGAGCCACCGGGCGCAAAGCAGCCAAGCCAUGGCGGUACUACUUACAUGAUUUCUUGCCAAAGUUUCUUACGGUACUAUCCUUGGGCGAGGCGUUUGAUUCUACUCGACCAGCAGAGAGACUAUCCCUAAGACUCUCAUGCAGGAUCUUGGAAUGUUGGAGCUUUGGCUUUCACCAUGUUGCCCCAGUUCACUUUGCGUUGCCUUGAUAUGAAUGUGCUAUUUCUCGUCACUGAAACAACCAAUCUAGGAAUUCGUCUUGCGGUAUCCCGAGAGAUUGGGUCCGUUGUUUGACGUGCUCCGGGUGGAUUCGAAGGAAAACCUGAUGCCACCACACGCAGAGAAAAUUCUCGAGCGACCGGAGCAGAUUCUAGAAAACGACAUGUCCUUUGAAAUGAUGCUGCAGCCCUGCGCGCGCGAUUAUGUUCUGGCGGUAAAUGAUUUGUUGGCAGCACUUCUGUAGAUAAUAUUGCCUUUGGCUUUAUCAUUUAUCGACGAGUACAACUCUUGAUGAAGCCCCACACUUUCGGGUUUCGACGGAAACGGGGACCGCUUUUGCGUGUUUAUGUAUGAAUGAAUACCUGUCAUGGCAGAAAUCAAACUCCAUGUUGCGCCGUAAUCGAAUUGACAACAGAUUCUUUGCAACCUGCAACUUCACUGCAAGAAGUUCCGAACGGUAUUGGUAUCGGAGAAGGAGCUCAUCAUCGAAUCCAUCGUAAAGAAACUCGAUCCCAUGAACUGGAAGAGUGCAGCCCUGAACCUGUUUUGCAACCUUGUCGCAAACGAGAUGGGAAAGACCGACGCAGUUUUCACGACUCUCGCAGUGGAGGUACGACUUUUGAAAGCAAAUUUCUCAACAAAGUACUCUAUAUGCUGCUGCUGCCAGCAAAAUCGGAGAGGAGACCGUUCUGAUGUGCCGGCGUGCACAAGACAAAGUCUCGAACCUCUAGCACCUCCGGAUACCAAACCAUGCUCCAUUGUACACCAAGUAAGUAAGUAUAAUAAUUCAAUAUACUAAAAAGCAAUAACUGCCCUUCACAGCGCUGCCUGGACCCGCUGCUCAACGUCCUAGCCGAGUACGCGAAAAACGAAGGGGUAACACAGCUACUACCCUCAGGGCGUCUGAGCGACUUGAAAGAACAGUAUCUUGGCGCCCUCCAGAAUCUUGUAAACGUUUCGGCCGCUGCGCGACCUCUUGUCGCAGCCAAGGGGAAGGAGAGCCUUGCACACUACCUGCAGCACGGGACCGACGAGGGCCGAAUGCGAGCCGCAAAUAUCUCGUAAAAGACCGGUUUUUAUAAAAUAUACUACGUUUUUGUCAUUGAAGGCUAGCAUUUUCGUCGGAGAUCAUCCGUGAGCUGGUUUCGAGGAGUAAGUAUGAUUUAAGAACUGCUUUUACGAUGCUGCCAGAAAGUUUUUCACACUUUAUGCAGGCAAAAAGUCGUUCUCGCGGAGCCAACCAGCGUCACGGAAGAGUUUGCCGAGGUGCUAUUUCGAGCGGUGGACAAGGCGUUUGCUUUCCAGGAUAUUGUGAAGAACAAGGACCACGGGGAGGUGAAUCUGGACGACGAGGAACAAAUGAAGUACCUCGAGGCGUACGUGAAACUUGGUUCCAGCUGCGUGUGCAAGGUGCCGAAGUUCCAGCUGCUGUUCGUGCGCGAGGCACCGGCGAGUCCGGGCGCGGUCGACCCGCGCAAGACCUUUCUGCCCAAUCUGGUGCGUCUCGUGUGCUUCCUGAAGCCAACGGAGUAUUGUUCCCCGACCGAAACGGACAAGGUGAAGAAGAUGCAGACGAACUGCCGCGGGAACCUGGCGGUGCUGUUUGAGAAGCUGGUAGACUUUGAAAAAAUCGGAAAGAAAACCUUCGGCCUAGGCGGCGUGGUGGAGCCUUUUAUCGAGUACCUACGCAAGGAGAGCGGGCCGGCUCAGAAAAAUGCCGGCGUUUGCGUGACGAAGCUCGCCGGGUCGGAGACCUACCGCACACUUGUGCGGAACUUCGGGGGCUUCGAAAGUCUGCAGCAGAUCCAGUUGGGGUUACUCCAGAAGGAAAAGGAGAAGCCGCAGCCACGCCCAGACUGGAAGCCGCUGACUAGAUCGUGAAGUAGAACGUUCUUGGGAGUCCGAGAAGUUGUAGACAACGUUCUUGGGACUAUCCGCGCGCCAAUGUGCACGGCUUUGUAGUCACACCUUAACAAACUCGCAAAUCUGCCUUCGCGCAACCCAACAAUAUCUUCGCGAGAAGAAUUUCGCGAGAAGAACGCUGGAGGUUGUUGCUGCUUCGACUGUCCAAGCUCAUGCGUUGAUGCAUUUUUUACCUGCGGACUAGAGAGGCCUUCCGACGAGGGGUUCGUCA